CAUGGUCCUUCGUUCUCCUUCUUCUGCAAUCUCUCUCUCUCUCUCUCUCUCUCAUGGAGUCAACAGAGAAGAAAAUCUCGCUGGAGCUUCUUCCAUGGUUGGUAGUCCAUGAAGACGGAACAAUAAAGAGAAUCGCCGGAACCGAGACUUGCCCGCCCGGGUUUGACCCGGAAACCCGGGUUCUAUCCAAAGACAUAACCAUGGAACCCGAAACCGGGCUAUCGGGUCGUAUCUACAGGUCCGAUCCGGUUCUACCGGGUGGUAAACUUCCUCUGGUGCUCUACUUCCAUGGCGGCGGGUUCGUCGUCGCCUCCGCUGCAUUCCCCAACUACCACAAGAGUCUCAACAAGCUCGUCGCCGAGGGUAAUAUCAUCGCCGUCUCCGUUAACUACAGGUUAGCGCCGGAGCAUCCACUCCCGGCGGCGUACGAAGACUCAUGGACCACGCUACAGUGGAUCCGAUCCCACAUGACCCGACUCGGAUCUGAACCCGCGCCCGGAACCGAGUCGUGGAUCAGCGAGUUCGCAGAUCUCGACCGAUUAUUCCUCGUCGGAGACAGCGCCGGAGCCAACAUCUCUCACCACCUAGCAAUCCGGCUCAAACGAUCCGACCAGGACCCGAAUCUGAAGAUCCGGGGGAUCGGGAUGAUCCACCCGUAUUUCUGGGGAUCGGAGCCGAUCUUGUCAGAGGUGGACGAUCCAGAGCGGAAAGCGAUGGUGGAUUCGUGGUGGAGAUUCGUCGGCCGAUCGGAGAGAGGUUGCGACGAUCCGUGGAUAAACCCGUUCGGAAACGGCUCGGCGGAGGUGGAGGAUCUGGGAUGCGAGAGAGUGAUGAUCUGUGUGGCGGAGAAGGACGUGCUGAGGGAAAGAGGGAAGGAAUACUACGAGAGAUUGGUGAAGAGUAGAAGCUGGUGGAGAGGAUCCGCAGAAAUGGUGGAGACGAAAGGGAAGGAUCAUGUUUUCCACAUCUUCGAACACGAUUGCCAUGAAGCCGUUGAGCUGAUUCGUCGUUUGGCUUUGUUCAUGAACCAUGCCUGAUGAUGAUAAUGGUGAUGAUGAUGAUGAUGGUUGUUAUAGUCUUUGUGUUCUUGUCGAUUGAAAAAGCGUGAUAUAGAACGUGUGGUCCUUCGAUUCUAAUGGUAAGGAAGUGAUUCGCCAUUAGGGGGCUGGUUACGAUUUUUGGCGGUUAAAAGUGAUUGAAAAAUCGAUUGAUUAAACCGCAACCAAUCGCAACCGCAAUAAAACGUGGAUUUCUAAUCGCUACUUUAUAUCUGUAUUUCAAUAUCGUUUCAGAACUGGCACUACCCGUGUUAAGUGCAUGUUUCUCGUCCUUCA